CUGAAUGAUUUUUCAUAAGAAACAAAGUCGACAAAACUUGAGCUUCAAAAUUAUACGACAUUAUUUAGUGUAAUGUGCAUUGUUUAUAACCAAAGCAUAUACUUUUGACAUUUAACUUAAAUAUUAAGAAUGUACAACAAGCCAUACACAUAUCGCACAGUUCAUAAAUAAUCUGCUAUGUUUGCUUUCCUAUUUAAUUCACGUUAGGCAUAGAACUGUGUAAAGUAUAAGAUGGUAAAAAUAGCACCACACUGGAAUUGGGAACGUCCCAUUUUUUACACGGGUAUUUUCUACUCAUUUAUCUGUUGUGUACUGGAAUGUUUUCCAUUCUUUGUGUAUUUAUAUAUUAAAUUAUUUUCUCGUACAAUAAGUGUAUUUACCAUAGAUAAAUAAAACGUUGUGCAAGUUUAAACAUAAUUAUGUUUGUAUGCAGAAAUCUGCAAAUGCAACCGAGUUUACCAACGGCUAUUAUUAGAUAAACUGCUCCGGUUCAUUUGAACAGCAGAAAUGUAGAGUAAAUGACGUAGCGUGUGACGAAGAAGAAAGUUUAUCGCGUUCAUAAACUCAUUUGAAUAAAGUGAUAGAAUGGCAUAAGGGUCUUUAUUUAACUAUGCUAAAAUAAUUAUUAAUGACCCUAGAUGCAAAAUCGUCAAUUAUUGAGUUAAAUGGAUUAUUAGAUGGAUUUUAAAGGAUAACUAAAGAUUUCACUCCAGAAAGGACAAGCAGUGAAUGUUCUGAGGAGAUCCAAUGAAAAUUGGUGGUGGGUUGAAAGUAAUGGUUGCUAUGGCUACGCGCCAGUCAAUCACCUUGCUGGUGUUAUUUCCACUCAACCAGAAUGGCAGGAUGAGGAGUAUUUUGGAAAUUAUGAAACUUCAUUUAGAGAUGUUGAGUGAUAAGCCACGAACUGAAGCUUAUAUGAAUGCAAUAGUGAAAAAUGCGGAUAAGCUUAGGGACAAGGUGAUUCUGGAUGUUGGGUGUGGAACAGGAAUCCUGAGCAUGCUGUGUGUGAAGCACGCACGUCCAAAACAUGUUUAUGCAGUUGAAGCCAGUGAUAUUGCAGAGUACACUCAAAAAGCUGUUGAAAAGAAUGGCAUGGCAAGCAAGAUUACAGUGUUGAACGAUUUUGCUGAAAAUGCGAAAAUUGAAGAUGAUGUGGAUCUUAUUAUAUCUGAAUGGAUGGGUACCAUGCUUUUGUUUGAAAUGAUGAUAGAAUCAGUCUUAUCCAUGCGAGACCGCUUCAUGAAACCUGAGUUGACAAUAUGGCCGUCGUCUGCUAGCCUCUAUCUGGUGCCCUGCACUGCGCAAGUUCACUUCAACAGGAAGUUGGAAUUCUGGGACUGUCAGUAUGGUCUGGAUUUUUCCAGUUUUAAAACACUUGCUAAAGAAGACCUGCUGAGCAAACCUUAUCACGACUAUGAACUUCCUUGUGGUGAUUGCCUUGCGAAAGGCCAGUCUGUUUUACAACUCGAUAUGAAGACAUUAACCAUACAGAGCUUAGAGAAUAUAGUAUGUCAAUUUGAAUUCGUCAUUGACCAAGGGGAUACCAUGCACGGCUUCUGUACCUGGUUUGAAGUCGAGUUCUGUCCCUUGAGUGAAGACAUGGAUACUGUGAUACUCAACACUGGACCAGACAAUCAGCUGACCCACUGGAAGCAGAAUUUGUUCCUGUUGGACAGUCCGGUACGAGUAAAUGCUGGUGACGUCAUAUCCGGGACUCUUACGAUAUCUCGCAAUCCUGAAUACCGUAGACACCUCAGAGCUUUCUUUGAUUUCAAGGUCAUACCAGGAUUGCAGGAGAGUAAAAUUGUUGACCCAAGCUCAGUACAGAAGAUGUUCUAUGUGUGGAGAUGAUGUCUUUGUUUAUUUAGCAUGGUCUGAAGACGCAGUUUCAGUAUUAAUAUAGAAGUUUCUUGCUGUAUGACUCCUUACAUCUCGAUAACUUAAAAUCUUUGGCUUAUAACCAACUGUAUGAUACUCAUGAGUAAUAAACAUAGCGCGUUAAACUAUUUUAUGACAAACACAUCAGGGAGUAAAGAAAAGAAGUAACCCCAAUGUAAGUGCCUACGUAAUUAUACUUGUGUGUACAAUUUAGCGUUGGUGAUGUAAAAUGCCUACAACAUGGAUUACACGUUUAAACUAUUCGGUUUGCAAUUCAACAACGUUUUAAGGACAUACACUCAGCAACAAGACAAAAAACCAAUAGAUAUUCAUAUCGAUGCUUUUGAAGGAGUUCACCGCUCAUUUUAUGUACGAUAAAACCUAACAUGUUAUUUGUUACAAACUGUGUAGUGUUCUAAAUAUUUAUGACAAGAACGAUUUUUUGUCAAGCGCAGACAUUCAGUUGCAAUAUUUUGUAUGCCGCUUCAGAUGUUACCUUCAUAUUUGGUAUGCAUGUGUAUAUGGACAAGGCCUUUCCAUACGCACACAAACUUUGACCCCUUUGACCUUGAACUUAGGAUCCGCGUUUAGGUUUCGAAAAAGCAUUUUUCAGGGGCAUGUCUUUGAUGGAGAGAGCUCUUGUUCUAAAUGUUGCUAAAUGUGUAUGUGAAUUGUGGCUCAGAAAGUAUUCCAGUGGAAUAUGGUGUACAGCGAAAAAGUCUUGUGGAUAUGGUAUUGCAGUCAUGUCAAGUCCUGUCAAGUUGGACAACAAAAGAAAUCCAUAAGGCGUGAGUCAUUGGAGUUUUCUAUUCACAGUGAUGCCGUGAACUUUGUCUCAAUUUACAUGUUUGCAACUUAUUUUGUAUGAUAUUGUGUCAAUCAAUGAUGUUAAUCGCUAACGCCAAUUUUGUAUUUGUUUUAUUCCUUAAAUUAAAUUAACUUAUGUUACACGAGAGUAUUAUUAUAUGCUUCUUGUAUGUAUUUACACGUUGUUAACCGUUUUAAAUAUAUGUUAUGUGAAUAAAUGUUGAAAAAAA